GCCCCUGGAGGCUGGAGCGGGCAGCGGGAGGAGGCCGGGAGCGAAGAGCCACCCGGGGAGGGAGGGAGGGAGGGAGGGAGGGAGGGAGCGGCCUGUCGGAGAGCUCGGGCGCAGCAGGCUAGGGCGCAGCAGGGCAGCCGGUGCAGCGGGGCAGCAGGGACCAAGCGGCAGGAGAUGGGGACCCUGCGUCCCAGGCAGCUCCGGGUAAGAAGGCUGGGGCACGAGGAUCUCCAGUGGGGGAGGAAGGCAUGAAAGGAUGGGGCCCUGGCUCCCCCAGCCUGUCCUUCCUGUGUUCCUUGACUCUCAGCCCAUCUGUCUGUCCCUGUUGAUCUUACUGUCUGUCCAGCCUCCCUUCCCAUAAGACCUAGCGGGCAGUUCUGACCUCUCAGCCCUCACCAGGGGCUAUCAAGGAAUGGGUGGUGACGGGUUAGCCUUGAGGCCUCUGGGGCAGGGACAUGGAGCUGGCAGGAGCGGAACUGUGGGCAUCCAGGGUGAGGCAGCAGUGGGCAGAGGUAGGGCCUGGGCAAGAGGCAGCGAUGGGGCUCAGAGAUGGGAGUGUGGGGGACAAGGAUGGGGCUCUGGGGACAGGGACAGGGCUGUGUGGACAGAGAUGUGGCCAAGGGGACAGAGAUGGGUUUAUGGGAACAGGGAUGGAGCUGUGGGGACAGGGAUGUGGCCCUGGGGAAAGAGGCAGUGGUGGGGAGAGAGGUGGCAGAGGUGGGGCUGUGAGCAUCUAGGAUGGGACUGGAGUAAAGGUGACAUAGUGAUGGUCAAAGAUGGGGCAGUGGGGUCAGAUGGUGCCCCGGGAUCAGAAAUGGGUCAGUCAGUGGGUAUCAGAUGGGGCCGGGGGCCAGGAAUUUGGCUGUGGUGUCAAAAUGGGAGGUGGGUGUCAGAAGUGGGUGGGUUAAGGCCCAGAGGUGGGGUCAGAGACAGGUGGGGCUGAAGCCAGGUGACCCUGGUGGACAGGGCAAUGAGGGCAGACUGAGGCCUGGAGCAAGAGAUGGGCUGGGAAAAGGAAGAGGAGGAGGAGUGGAUCAGGAAUGGGGCAGCCAGAGUCAUUUGGAGUUGCCAUGGACAGAGGGUCCAUAGAAGAACUCCAUGGGGUCAAAUGGGUCCUGAUGAUCUGAGAUGGGACCACCAGCUGGUCCCAGGCCAAUGGUGGAACCUCACCUACCCCUCCUCUCCUCUCCCCAGCCCCACCCCCCGCACCUGACAUGAGCCCUUGCGGGCCCCUCAACCUGAGCCUGGCGGGCGAGGCGACCACGUGUACAGCACCCGGGGCCUCCAACGCGUCCGCCGGACCGCUGUCGGACCUGGCGGGCGCGUCGCCCGCGCUGCCCAUCUUCUCCAUGACGCUGGGCGCCGUGUCCAACGUGCUGGCGCUGGCACUGCUGGCGCAGGCCGCGGACCGUCUGCGGCGCCGCCGCUCGGCAGCCACCUUCCUGCUGUUCGUCGCCAGCCUGCUGGCCACCGACCUGGCGGGCCACGUGAUCCCGGGUGCGCUGGUGCUGCGCCUGUACGCGGCGGGGCGCUCGCCGGCCGGCGGCGCCUGCCACUUCCUGGGCGGAUGCAUGGUCUUCUUCGGCCUGUGCCCGCUGUUGCUGGGCUGCGGCAUGGCCGUGGAGCGCUGCGUGGGCGUCACGCGGCCGCUGCUGCACGCAGCCGGCGUCUCGGUGGCCCGCGCGCGGCUGGCGCUGGCCGCGCUGGCCGCCGUGGCCUUGGCCGUGGCGCUGCUGCCAUUGGCGCGCGUGGGCCGCUACGAGCUGCAGUACCCGGGUACGUGGUGCUUCAUCGGUCUGGGUCCGGCGGGAGGCUGGCGCCAGUCGUUGCUCGCCGGCCUUUUCGCCGGCCUCGGCUUGGCCUCGCUGCUCGUCGCGCUCGUGUGCAACACGCUCAGCGGCCUGGCCCUGCUGCGCGCCCGCUGGCGCCGCCGCUCUCGACGGCACUUCCCGGCUGGAGGCCCCGACAGCCGCCGUCACUGGGGAGGGAGCGGACCCCGCCAGGCCUCCGCCUCGUCCGCCUCGUCCGCCUCGUCCGUCGCUUCGGCCUCCGCCGCCCCCGGCGGCUCCCUGGGCCGUGGCUCAGCGCGGCGAGCCCGUGCCCACGACGUGGAGAUGGUGGGCCAGCUCGUAGGCAUCAUGGUGGUGUCGUGCAUCUGCUGGAGCCCCCUGCUGGUGUUGGUGGUGCUGGCCAUCGCGGGCUGGGGCUCCAGCUCCCUGCAGCGGCCGCUGUUUUUGGCCGUGCGCCUCGCCUCGUGGAACCAGAUUCUGGACCCCUGGGUGUACAUCUUGCUGCGCCGGGCUGUGCUUCACCAACUGCUUCGCCUCCUGCCUUCAAGGGCAGGUGCCAAGGGCAGCCCCACGGGGCUGGGUCUAAAGAGCGCUUGGGAGGCCAACUCGCUGCGCAGCUCCCAGCACAGCGGCCUCAGUCACUUCUAGGGGCGCCCGGCGACUAAGCCAGACCACCCGGGGCCGGCCUCUGGUCCGCAGCUCGGAGACUUCGGGGACUAAAACCUUUUUUGCGGACAAGCCCAGGGCGGUGCGUCCCGUCGUGGCUGCAGCACCUUCGCGGCCGCGCGGGGGCCGCAGAGGUGCUGUGUACGCCUCCGGGGUGUGCAGUUCCGGGACUAGUCACGCGGGGGCGCACAGACGCAGAGCCGGACGAGCAUGCGCACAAUGCCGUGGCCGCAGUCUUGGGGCGGUGGCUCGGCUGGAAGCAGAGUGGGAGGGUUGCGGGGCGCUUUUCGCCCCUGCUGCCGUCAUGCGUGACUCCCGCAACCAUUCGCUCAUUGUGGCCCUCAGCUCCCCCACACAACCCCAAGUCCCUACCCCCCAAACUAUGCCCCAUCACUGGCCUCUAACCCCGGAAGUCCCUCAACACAGCUCCGAGCCCCCUCCCAUGGCGGCCUGCCCAUGCUCCCCACCAUAGUAACAGCCCCGAGUCUCCACCAUCCCUUGGCCCCCU